CCUCCCACCUACUAGACCUGCAGCCUGCGUGACACAGUUGGUUGAGCUUCUUCUUGCGGUGGAUAGUAAGAUGGGGAGGUCCCCUUGCUGCGACGAGCUGGUCGGGUUGAAGAAGGGGCCAUGGACGCCGGAGGAGGACGAGAAGCUGGUCGGGUACAUUCAAGAGCACGGCCACGGGAGCUGGCGGAGCCUCCCCAAAAAGGCCGGCUUGAAUCGGUGCGGAAAGAGCUGUCGCCUACGAUGGACCAACUACCUUCGUCCCGACAUCAAGCGAGGCCACUUCUCGGCGGAGGAAGAAAAGAUGAUCAUCCAACUCCACUCCAUCCUGGGGAACAAGUGGUCUAUGAUCUCAAAGGGGUUACCGGGGAGGACGGACAAUGAAAUCAAGAACUAUUGGAACACUCACCUCAAGAAGAAGCUCCUCCUCAUGGGAAUCGACCCGGUGACCCAUCGACAGCGAACCGACGCCCUCGCUUUUGUUCCUAACUGGAAUUACAGUAAUGCCCUCAGGCUUCAAGACGAUGCUCUGCGUUCAGUGAGGCUCCAGCUCCUCCAAACACUACUUAUCCAAGCUACGACUGCAACGGCCACCGCGACGUCGACGACGGCCAACUUUGCCGACCACUACAGUACUACUUCAUCGGGUUUUGAACUCGAUGAUAUAUCUCCGACAAACUUCACUCUCCCUAAUCUGUUUCAGGAUCGAAAUUUCAAUCCCAUUACUCCUCCUCCUCCUCCUCCUCCUCUCUCGGAUUUGUCUCCUAUUAAUCUCCCUGCUCAAAAGUUGCAUUUUUCUACUUGCGAUGACCAAGAACAAAAAGUCGCAGCCAGCAGUUUUGAUGAUUUUACUGCAGAUUUAAUCGUCAACUCACCCAACUUUCACCCAUUUGGAGAAUUAAGCCUUAAUGGAGAAUAUUCUGGCGAUGAGAGUAUGUUGAGUUGGAAGGAUAUUUUAGAGCAAAUUUCGUGGACAGAAUGAAUUAUGAAAGACCAAGAGCUGGCCAGCUAGCUGCAUGCAUUUAUCAAAGUGUCAAUUUGUAGGGCACUGUGUUUAAUGUCAGCUUGCUGAUGGAUGUUUGCCGAUUCGAUUCUAUUCGAUUCUAGUGAACUGAAUCUAUUUAUUUAGAAAAUAAAAAAAAUGAAUUCUUAUAUUAUACGAAGAGAUGUACGUAGUUUUAAUUAAUUAGAUAACUUUUUCAUGUACAAAUUAUAUAUAUAUAUAUACACACUUUGUAUGAAGUAUAAUUAAUUUGUGUACAAAUGAUAUGUAUAGUUGCAUGGAUUUACAUGGAAAUGAACAGUGA